AUGUCCAUAUCCCAACAUUCAAACUCACAUCCUACUCACUCUCUCUCUCUCUCUCUCUCCCAUUCUCAUCUCCUUCUUCUUCUUCUUCCUCCUCCUUUCUUUUUCGGGCAAUCCCCUAUGGAAGCUCCGGGAAAGAGCCGUCGGAGACAAGCCAGAAUCGCCGGACCUUCCAGUUCAGAAGAGGUUAGUAGUAUCGAGUGGGAGCACAUAGACAUGACCGAGCAAGAGGAGGACCUCAUUCACAGAAUGCACAGACUCGUCGGCGACAAGUGGGACUUGAUAGCCGGGCGGAUCCCGGGACGGAGCGCCGCCGAAAUUGAAAGGUUUUGGAUCAUGAAACACCGUGAGGGAUUCACCGAGAGAAGAAGAGAGCCCAAGAAAGCGAAACCGCGACGUUUAUCAAGUGAUUGACGUUAAUUGCCCUCUCAGAUUCAUGUUCAUUCGCCAUAUGGUUCCAAGCCGAAAGUACAGGGGCGGGAGUUACAGGCUACAGCUCGAGAUUCACAGAUUUUGGUGUUCCAACUUUUUCAUGGCUGCAAAGGCCACAUUGGCCUUUGUAGAAAAGAAAACAGAACUCUGAUUUCUUGCGCGAUUGGUGGGCUUCAUCUCUAUGAAUUAGCGAGUGCCGGGGACAACUCCAUCUAUUGUCAUCGGAAAUACUAGCAUGGACUCGGCCCAACAGGUACCGGGUCAAUUACUAGUCAUGGGUCGAUAUAUGUGCCGGUGUGGAUGGACGUCGUUCGACUCCUGAUUAUUGCCCAUGAACAAAUCCGAUGCAGUUUUUUUUUUUCGGUUCGGGACGACGAUGGCACUUCGACAUUGCCUUCGCCGCUCGUGUUUUCUCCUAAAUUUUGAUUGUGAAGGCCAGCUCCAAUUGACAUUGCGAGGUGAAUUGUAUUCAGUUAGCUUCUUAGUUAGAAUUUGUUUUAUUUGAUAUGAAUAAAGAAUGUAGUUCUUCUUA